AAAUAAUGAAGGAAUCAAAAGAAAAAUUCUACCCAAAUUUCAAGAUUCUCAAAACCAGUGAGAUGGUUUACAGAGCUGAUGGAUUGAGAGAUGCCUUCAAUAGUGCUAAGUAUUUACAAUUUGAAGGGAAUGAGAUUUGGGAGUGCAAGGUACCAGAAAUGAGGGUGUUCAGACUGUACAGAGUUGUAGUAAACCAGCACCUAAAAAAAGACACCAACAUUGGGAAGGUGGAGUAUCCAGAGUUAGAUGAGGUGAAGAUAGAAAAUGAAGACUCUGACUAUUAUGUCAGAUUCAAACAAAUCAGAUAUGUUAGCUCUGAUACGGAUGCACAUCCUCAAAUCAUUGACUUCCGUGGCCAUUUAUUUCUUCAUAAAUCUCCUGUACCUGGCACUGUUCUAAGUGGAACAAAGAUUUUGGAUUGGGCAAAUACAAAAAUGAUAAAUAAUUACGAAAAGCAUGCUAUUCAAUAUGAUCUUGAUCGUCGGAAUCUUUACACUGAUAAGGUGAUAGUUGAUUACAAUAAUUUGCAAACUGAAAAAAUAUCAUUGGAGAUUGGAUCAAAGUGGGAACGUGUCUAUGGAGAUCGUGAUACAAAUUUAUUCUGUGUGGAGGAUGAUGGGGAUAGUGUUGACCACUGGCCAGAAGUGAGAGAGAAGGGAAAGAUUGUUGCAGCUGAUGAAAAGGUCGUGAAUCUUUUCCUCACUUAUUUCAUUCUUCUACAUCAGAAUAGAUCUUUAUGUACUGAUAAGAGUACACAAAAAAAAAUUAUAAGGAUAGAGAACCAGUUCUCAAUGAAAUCGUACCGAGAAAUUCCACGGCCGGUUGAAUAUCUCUCAUACAACGACAGAAUCUCCGUAUUUUUUGGGGAGGCAAAAACCUCUGGAAUUGGUUAUGAGAUUAUUGAAAUCAAAUAUAUCGAUCCCGAAGACCAAGCUGUAUUGAAUUUCCUACAAGAUGAAUUCGAACAAAAAGCUCCUGAUAAUAGCACAAAAAUUUACGUCGGGAGUUUGAAUACAAAACUGAAGAGUUUGAAAAUGGAAGAAUUGGACCAAAAUUUCAGAAGAGACAUACACUAUUUGUUGCAAAGGCCAUACGAAGUGUAUAAGAAAACUUUUAUGCAAAGUAUUUAUGGGGUGAUGUUGGAGAUUGGACAGAGUUAUUCAUCGAAAGAUAUAGUCAGCUGUUUAUUGACUUGCGAGUAUCAGCCCAAUCCUGAGGCAGAUCUAAAGGGAAAUCAUCUUCCCGAGGUGACAAUCCUCUGGUCAACAAUUGGGUACAACUUUCCCAAAAAACUCGACAAGGCAGAAUUCAAGAACUAUUUGAAAUUAUUACAACAGCAUUUUUGGACUUGCAAGUGCGAGAAUUCCAGUGAGCCAGAACUUAUUAGAAUAGUGAAUAUACUGCAGUUGGAAUUUUCACUUCAAUUAUCGAUGAUAUAUCACUACGAAGGAAUCAAAGUUGUAAAGCAAGGCAUCUUUGUCUUUUUUGAAGAAACCAAGUAUGUGAGAGCUAAGGAUCGUCGUACAGUCGUGAAGUUUGACCAUUACAUGAAAUUUCAAGAGGUUAAUCCGGCAACAAAAGAAAGGAAGUUAAUCUGUGGUGCUGCUCAAUUGAGACUCCUAGAUGAAGUAGCGAAAAUGACCAAGCUAUCUUCCAAUGGUAUUUCAUACUUGAUUGGUUCCAAGUGGCAGGACACGCUUCCAGUGACCAAUAAUCAUUCAGUGAUAUGUGAAAGAGAAAAGGCACAUAACUACACUGAGGAUUUGGCCACAGAUGUGACUCAAAUUAAAGGUGAAAGGAUAAUAGCAACAACCGUAAGGAGCCUAACUGACUUCGUGGAACAAAAGCUUUGGACCUGUAAAGUAAAUGAGGAAAUGAAAUUCCGCAGAGUUGUCAAUGAAAUGUUGAUAGUUGACUGGACUAAAAUUUCUCGUAUCAUCUACUUUGAUGGCAUAACAGUUGAAACUGUUAACUUGCCAGGUGUCGAUCAACAGGCUCUACAACUCACUGAAAUCAAAUUGGUUGCUCCCAAAACUAAUAAAAUUAUAAGAUAUGAUGGACAAUUUUUUAUCAGAAGUAACAAGAUUGUAGAAAAUCUAUUUCAAAAAUCGAAUGAUAUGGAAGAGUCGGGGAAAUCAACACAGUCGAAAUACAUUCCACUGGACGUUUUGAAAUUCGCUACCAGGAAGAUGAUUAGCGAUGAAAAGUCAAAAGAUGAACAAUCAUCAAUUGCAAAACCUAAAGGCAAAAAAUCUUCAAAAAAUGAAAAUGUGGGAAAUCCAUUAUUAAAGGGAUUAAGCUAUCGUCCAAAACGCUUCAAACCAUAUUCAACAGAAAUUCUGGAUGCGAGCGGGAUGUACUUCCAUCGCAUAUUUCAAGUGGGAACUUCUUAUGAAGAAGAGCUCCUAGCUGACGACAGAUCUCCAAAUACUGGUGUCGAAAUGCAGUGUCUAUUGGACCGAUGGAAUCCGGAUAAAAUUCAUAACUACAUUCCCAGAGUGAGUGAGUUCAUCGAAGGAGAACAGUAUCUCCUUGACCGUGAUGAGUUUCUAGAAUUGUUUCAAAUCGAAUCUGUUAAAGUGUGGAUUUGUAUGGAUAAUAAAGAAAGAUACUUAAUUCGUGUGCAGACAUCAUUCGUAGGGAAGGAGCCGAUGCUUGCUGUAAGAUACCCUGACGGUGUAACAAUAGCCCGACACGGAAUAUUAAGAACAGAUUUGUCUUCUAUCCCUUUUAAUACAGCCAAUGUAACCGAGAUCAUUUACCUCGAUCCCUGGUCUUCAAAAGUUCUGAAGUAUGAGGGAGAUAUGCGAGAAAUUGGUAUUCCAGAUGAAACAACGAAGUCUGACAAUGCAGCUCCAGCACCAAAAACUAAAAAUAGCAGGUAAGCAUUUUUCAAAAAAUUAAUAUAAAUUUUGAUCUACAAAUAGACAACUCACCAUCA